CAGGUUAGCAAAUGUCCGGACGGAACGUCACUCAACCGCAGACUUGAACUUUUAUUCCUCGGUCGGAUCGCGGAGUGUCAGGUAAUUUUUUUCGUUGGCUGGCGCAAGUGCUUAGAGAAGAAAAAUCUUCCAGCUUAGAAGGCUGAAGAUCAUAAAUCGUGUAUUCCAGUUUAUAGUACUUGCAAGCGGUUUGAUUCUUAUCGAGUAAAGUAACCUGCGGCAUAAAAAUGGUCCAUUACGGCCGAUUGUUGGGUGUUCAGGCUAAACGAGCCGCUCUCUAUAGCGUUGAUGCUCAGCAGCGCCAAUUUCAUGCUUCCUGCGCUGUCGCCUCCAAGGUUGCCCUUUCCAAGUUCGACCAGGAUGUGUACCUGCCGUACGAGAAACUGCAGAAGAACAUCGAAGUUGUCAAGAAGCGACUGGGACGCCCACUGACCCUCAGUGAAAAGAUUCUGUAUGGCCAUUUGGACGAUGCCGCCAACCAGGAUAUUCAACGUGGUACAUCGUAUCUGCGAUUGCGUCCCGAUCGAGUGGCCAUGCAGGAUGCCACCGCCCAGAUGGCUAUGCUUCAGUUCAUCUCUUCCGGACUGCCAAAGGUUGCCGUUCCAUCGACUAUCCAUUGUGAUCACUUAAUCGAGGCUCAAGUCGGAGGUGAGAAAGAUUUGGCUCGCGCUAAGGAUCUCAACGCCGAAGUGUACAAAUUUUUGUCCACCGCUGGUGCUAAGUACGGAGUUGGUUUCUGGAAGCCAGGUUCUGGAAUUAUUCAUCAGAUCAUCUUGGAGAACUACGCUUUCCCUGGCUUGCUGAUGAUCGGAACCGAUUCGCACACCCCGAAUGGUGGAGGUCUCGGUGGUUUGUGCAUUGGUGUCGGUGGUGCAGACGCUGUCGAUGUGAUGGCUAACAUCCCGUGGGAAUUGAAAUGUCCCAACGUAAUCGGUAUUAAUCUUACCGGAAAGAUUAGCGGAUGGACAUCGCCUAAGGAUGUUAUCUUGAAGGUAGCAGAUAUCUUGACUGUAAAGGGUGGUACCGGUGCCAUCAUUGAAUACACUGGCAAAGGUGUCGACUCGAUCUCCUGUACUGGUAUGGCUACCAUUUGUAACAUGGGUGCAGAAAUUGGUGCCACUACCUCGACCUUCCCCUUCAACCAGCGUAUGGUGGAUUAUUUGAAAGCCACUGGACGUGGUGCAAUUGCUAACGAGGCCAAAAAGUUUGAGAAGACUGUUCUUUCUGCCGAUCCCGGUGCCAAAUAUGACCAGGUUAUUGAGAUCAACCUUGACACAUUGGAACCGCAUAUUAACGGUCCGUUUACUCCGGAUUUGGCACAUCCGAUUAGCAAACUUGCUGCCAAUUCCAAGAAGAAUGGAUACCCAAUGGACAUCCGUGUCGGUUUGAUUGGCUCCUGUACCAACUCUUCCUAUGAGGAUAUGGGACGCUGCGCUUCCAUUGCUAAGAAUGCUAUGAAGCACGGUAUUAAGUCGAAGAUUCCAUUUAACGUUACUCCUGGAUCGGAGCAGAUUCGAGCAACCAUCGAGCGAGAUGGUAUUGCUAAGGUAUUCAAGGAAUUCGGCGGUACCGUUUUGGCCAACGCUUGUGGCCCAUGCAUCGGACAGUGGGACCGUAAGGACGUGAAAAAGGGCGAAAAGAAUACGAUUGUGACUUCGUACAACCGCAACUUCACCGGACGUAACGAUGCUAACCCUGCAACGCACUGCUUUGUGACCAGCCCUGAACUUGUGACUGCUCUAUCAAUCGCCGGUCGGCUGGACUUCAAUCCGCUAACCGAUGAGUUAACGGGCUCCGAUGGCAAGAAAUUCAAGCUGGAUUCACCUUUCGGUGAUGAGCUGCCACAGAAGGGAUUCGACCCCGGCAUGGAUACGUACGAAGCGCCCCCACAGGAUGGAUCUUCGGUGCGCGUUGAUGUGGACCCGAAGAGCCAGCGAUUGCAAUUGCUGGAACCUUUCGACACCUGGGAUGGUAAGGAUCUUACCGAGAUGACCGUUCUGAUCAAGGUUAAGGGAAAGUGUACGACCGAUCACAUUAGUGCCGCUGGGCCCUGGCUUAAAUAUCGUGGUCACCUGGAUAACAUCUCCAACAACAUGUUCAUUGGUGCCACCAAUGUCGAAAACAAUGAAAUGAAUAAGAUUAAGAACCAGGUUACCGGCGAGUGGGCUGGAGUGCCGGACGUGGCUCGCUUCUACAAGGCUAAGGGCAUUCGCUGGGUUGCCGUCGGAGACGAAAACUACGGUGAGGGUUCUUCUCGCGAACAUGCCGCUCUUGAACCACGCCAUUUGGGUGGUCGUGCCAUCAUCACUAAGUCGUUUGCUCGUAUUCACGAAACCAACCUGAAGAAGCAGGGUUUGCUUCCAUUGACUUUUGCCAAUCCGGCUGAUUACGAUAAGGUGCAACCUCACUCCAAGAUCUCUCUGCUCGGUUUGAACAACUUCGCUCCAGGCAAGCAGGUUGACUGCGAAAUCAUAACCGAUGGCAAGGUAGACAGAAUUAAGCUGAACCAUUCGUUCAACGAGCAGCAAAUCGCCUGGUUCAAAGCGGGAAGCGCUCUGAACCGUAUGAAGCAGCUGGCUAAGAACUAAUAACCCACCGCUGCAGAUACCCACAGGUUGAAAGAAACGGUAUGUGGACUGUAUCGUGGGUCCGAACGAACGUUCUCCUCCGCUGUGUGCACGGUAUCCGGUGGAGAUGAACAAACAAACACCGAUGGAACAGAACAAGUCGAAUUAGUGAAGUUACUUAAGAAUAACCCUCCCAUCAUUAGAAGUCAACCGUUUAUCUGCUAGGAUGAAUCUUCUUAUUUUUGUACAUACCAACAUACAUAAUAUUAUUCAACUGCAUGCAAUCAACUUACAGCUGCACGAAAUCCAACUGCAUUGAGGUGUCAUUUUAAGAGAUUUUCUAAUAUAAUUAUUUGAUUGCAAUGUUUUCGAAAAAUUGAAACCAAAUAUUGUUUGUGACAACGUAAUUUAUCAUGAUGUGAAACGCAGUUUAUGAUUUUGUUAUUGUGCAGGUCUCUGAUUUUUGUCAGUGACAAUAAAAUACAAUUUAACUAAUA